AUGACCUUCGGAAAAAUCUCAUCCCCUUCCAGUUCCGUGUUUGGUUCUCCGUCGUCCUUUACGUUCCCCGACGCUAUUUUCACAGUCCAGACCCCACUCCACAUUGUCGGCGCCAUGUUGUACGAACUGAUUGCUGUUGUCCGUCCCGGUAGCCUCCAGGAGGUUAGAGACAUCGCCCGCAAUGCCGGCAUCCAGGUCCUCCGCUCCGGCGGCGUAGUCCGCGGAUUCACCAACUGGGGCACCUUCCGUCUGCCCAGGCCCACGACGAAGCAUCAGGCCCGCUACAGGGAAGGCCACCACUUCAUCAUGCGCUUUGAUGCCUCCGGUCCCGUGCAAUCAGCUGUCCGCAGAACUCUCGGUCUCGAUCCCCGGAUGGUUCGGUUCUCCGUUGUCAAGCUGGGCGACAAGCUGGAGGAAAUCAAGCACGUCGAUGGCAAGGUCGAGUGGAACAACAAUCGCACUAUCUCUGAGACGUUCUAA